UUGCGAAGGAUUGCGAAAUAGUUCAUGUCAAUGAUAUUGUCAAUUAUUGUUGCGACCCAAAUUAUUAUCAUUUCUAUUUCACAUUUAUAAGUCUUAUUAUACGUUUAUGAAAGUAAUACGAAUAAGUUACAAGACAAUUUUUGUUAAAACGAUACAAUUUGGAUUAUUAAAUGAAUAGAUUUAACAACUGCCUCAAACAAUUUAUAAUGAUAUUUUUGGUAUGGAUUUGCAUCGUCUUGAGUGUUUCUACUCAGGUGUCACUGCAACAAAUAAUCUCAGAUUUAGACGUAUUUAAGCAGCAAAUUUAUGUAGACGAGGGAGGUGAUAUUUCAGUUCAAUGCAAUACGACUGAAUUGCCAGACAAAGCGAUAUACUGGACAAAGAACAAGACACACACUACCUUUCACAGAGAUGGGAUAUUUCUGAAUUUUACUAGGAUAAAUCGAACCGACCAUGGGCAGUACAUUUGUCAUUCAUUUGAUAACAAAACACACGUUUUGACAGAGGUAGAAACUGUGAUGAUAAACGUUUAUUAUAAGGCCGAAGUAAAAUCUAUAAGAAUUCAUCCACAAGACGCCAUCUUAGAAAACGAUACGUAUUUUGUAUACUGCGAUGUAGAAGGAAAUCCUCCACCACAGUGGCGCGUGAGGAACAAUUACACAAAAGAACUGCUGGAUUCUGCACGUGGGUCGGGACCACUUAUCACUAGAUCUAUCAAAGGGAAAUGUGGAGAUACAGGCCCAAUUGUCUGUGAAGCAAACAACACCUUAAACAAACAGCCAGCCUAUAUGACUGAAAACUUUACGGUUUACUGUUCGCCGAGACCGUCUGGAAAUUAUACUAACGUUUCAAUUGGAUAUGUUGGUGGCCAAGCAUUCCUGAUAAUGAAUUUACUGGGUUAUCCCUAUCCUAAUUACACAUGGUCACGUGACGAUGGACAGCCAAUUAGACAUGCGACACAGAUUGAUUACCCGUCUUUCACUGUUUUGAAUAUGACAGAAAUUGCAGUUUCUGAUUUUGGCUAUUACUCAGUGACAAUGGAAAAUGCUUAUGGUAACUUUACUGCACAGUUUCAGCUGAAGGCAUAUGGUGCCCCGGAAACGCCUUUCAAUCUUAAUUAUUCUGAUGUGACUUGGAACAGUGUAAGGUUGUAUUGGACAUCUGGGUUUGAUAUGGGAUCUCGACAAUAUUUUUUCAUCAGAAUGCUGCAAGGGGGAAACUCUUACACCACCAUUUCAAAUAGCAUAUAUGACAAUUCUUCAUCACAUGGGGUAGGCCAGAAUUGGACAUACCUGCAGACCGGUCUUAAAAGUGAUACAGAUAUUACAUUGACAGUACAGUCAGUAAACGGCUACGGAUACCGCUCACGUAUUUUGUAUAGCGUUACGUUUCAUACCUUACCGUCACCAAACGGAUCACGUGAUAAAACAAAGAUUAUUAUCGGAACUACAGUCGCUUCUGUUUCCGUCGUUGGAAUUGCAGCUUGGAUGGUCGCUUAUGUAGCAUACAAACGAAAAAGAAAAUCCACAUACCAUAACAUCAAUUAACUGGAACGUGUACAGACGGCUGUAAUGAUGAUUGAAUGACAAUAGACUGGUACCAAACUUUGAAGUGAUGAAUCCUACAAAUUGUUACCAUGAUACCCUGUAUAUAGACUAGCAUCAGUCGUUAGAGUCAUUAAAUGUAAAGCACUUGGCCAUAAAAUCAAUCCUCUUUGAUAGCACUUUCUGAAAAAAAUUACAAUAUCUCUUACCUCUGACUCUAAUUGUUGAGAUGAGCCAAGAGAGAAAAUGGUUUUCUUAGAAAAUAUCAGUGUCAGUAUAAAGAAAGAAUAAACUUAUUACAGAUAACUUGAUCUCAACAGACUUUGUAUGUCUACCCUGUAUAGUCUGAUCAUUUAUUUUCAUUACUAACAAUAAUUUCUUUGGGGCAAAGCGUGCAUUGAUAGUUUUAAUCAUUUUGAAGAUAUUGCAGAUACAAUGGAAUUGCAUAGUCAAGAAUUUUGUUAUAUGAGGAAUUAAGUCACUUUAUUUCAUCUUCAAUUAUAUCUAAAAACUGGAGAGUAUUAUUAUUUGUAUAUGUUUAAAAAUAGACAGAGGCUUUGAUUAGCACAUAUGUCUAUUUUUAUACAGUUCAUAAUUUAAGUGAUAUUUGAAUGCCCGUGUACAUAUCAUGGCAUACAUAUUUUAAUACAAUGUAAAAUGCGGCUAUGGAUUCAGACAAAUAAGACCCGUCUGUAAAAUAUAUCGACGUCCCAGAAAAAUAAGGUCGUAACUGUUACUUACGACCUUAUAUGACCUGUACAUUUUCGAAAACUGAAUGAAAAGGGCCAUAUCCUUACAUAAAAUCAUAAUUGUGUGACCCUGUUUAUUGAACCAAAAAAAUGACAUUUUGUUUAUAAUAUAAAGUCGUAUCUGUUACUUACGAUCCAUUUUUGGUCAGUUUUAGAAAUAUCUACUGAAGCAUUUAAGACUGCAUGUUAUGUGAUUUCAAAUACAACAGUUAUAAUAAAUUAUAGUAAAUAGGUCGUAUCUUUCAUUAUUGGGGACUGUAAAACGGCGUGUAUACAAUUUGUUAAAUAACAUCAUCUCGAUAAAUACAUGGCCCUUGGUACUGCAAGAAUUUAAAAGCUUCAGCUAUGAGGUUGAAAUACAGAUAUGAAUAAGUUUGGUGAGAAGUCUAUAAAACAAAAUAUUUAGUGUUUUUUUCAGUUUUCUCAGAAGUACUAUUUUUUACUUACGACCUUUUAUUUCUGGGGCGUCGGUAUAUUCAAAUGAUAUCCUAUUGAAGGGUAUUGGGUAUGUAGCUGACUGUUUCAAGUAUGAUGUGACCUUGACAUUGGAUCGAAUAACCUAAAACGAUAAGGGAUAAUUUAAAACUACUAUUGAUAACCUGACCGCAGAAUAUCAUGCCGUGAUAAAGUUUGACUGCUGUAGUGUUCUCUACACAUUUGCAGAAAAUCAUUUGAAGCUCCGGACCACUAUGACUUUGACUUAGUUUCCACAUCUAACAAAAGGGAGAAUGAUAAAAUACCUACGUGUAGCUGCAGUUGAGUUGGAAUAUACCUUUGCGUACCUUAGGCCUAACAAAAAAACAACACUUAAAAUAUGCAUAAAAAGUUUAAUUUUCAAUCUAGCUUCGAGAAAACAAUUGUGUUAUUUUACGUUUUAUCCUUUUUGUUAAAUAAAAUUUACUUGUUAAAAAAUCAAUACGUAAUAUGUGUUUUUGUGACUUUUAAAAUUAUAUUUGGUCAUAAAAUGAGUAAGAUUAUAAAUUGGCUUAAAAAUCUGUUGUAUUUACAUUUCUGUCAAUCCAAGCGUAUGACGCUUAAGUGUUGCGUUAGAAGCUUUGUUAAGGGUGCACGUGACAAAGUGCUCUAACCAUGAUUUCUAGUACAAGUGCCAUCUAAAUAUAUGUAGUGUGUGAAACAGG